UAAGUUUAUUAAAUUUCUGUUCAAAGAAUAGUUCUCUUUUAGUUAUUUUCUUUCUGUCAUGGUGGAAAUAACACGAUGCUCUGUAUACCAAAGUCGUCAUGGCAUGUUCGUACCAUCCACGGAUUGGAUUCGUAGGAUUUAUCGUUCGUUUUGUUCAUCUGCCAACUGGAAGGGUUGGAGGGAUCGUGGCAACUUCCCCUGUGGGAAAGGAACAGAAGAGCGCCUGGUGCACUGCAGAUGAAUUGCCACGAGAAACACAUGUCAAGGCAAGAUAGUGUUUACUUGGCGUAUUCUAACAAGAGGAUGGUGACGUGUUUAUUUUUGGUAGCAUAUGUGGUAUCUCUGUCUCUUUUCACCACUACGAGGGAGUGGCAAGCCAACGAACCCGAUUAAAGGACAUCGGGACAUGUUUACAUCGACGAGAAAUGUCAACGAAACCUAAAGAUAAUGAACUUACGAGUAUUACUAGUAUCCAUGCUGGAUUAAUUGACGAAGUACAUGACAUUCCAAUGUCUGUUUUAAUUCGUCCGUUUCCACCCGAAGUGAAUGAAGAUAAAGUGAAAAGUUUAAUGGAAACAUUGCGGGAUCCUGAAAAAUAUUUUGAUGUACCACCAAUUGAUGUGUUGUGGAUUAAAGGAAGAGAAAAUGGUAAUUACUACUAUUCCUUUGGUGGCUGCCAUCGAUAUGUUGCACAUCAGAGGCUUGGCAGACAAACAAUAAGAGCGAAACUUGUCUCUUCAACUGUUAAUGAUCUUAAAACUUACCUGGGAGCAUCUACACCUGAUCUCAAGUAAUUCAUCUGCAGCUGAUGAAGGAAUCAUUUUUAUUCAAUAAAAUAAACAAUUGUAUACAUUUUUAUUUUUUAUGGUGAAUUUUCAAAUAUUUUAUUUUUAUACAUAUGUAAAGGUGACUGGUUGAAUCUUGUACUCAGGAUUUUAAUAUUAAACCAAAAUGUAAAAACUUUUCAUUGUUAUGUUUUAAAACUGUGGUUGUAUUAAAAAACAAACCGUAUGACCAACAUAAAAUUAUUCCACUUUUGGGUUUUGUCAAUUACGAACACCAGUUGAUUCAGUUGUACAAUGCAUCAAGUAUAUGAAAGUGAUUUUUAAACAUGAAAUUCUAUUGACCACUUUUAUUGGCUGGUAAGUGAAAGAUUGUUAAUUGAGCAAAGAAUAUAAUUCGUAGAAAUCAUAUUCUGACCAGUGUGUAUACGAUUCUGAACCACAACGAUUGAUAAAUUUUCACUGAUAUUUGCAAAAUUUCUUGUGUAACAUGUACUUUAAAUCAAUUCAUCAUUACUAUUCCUUCAUUUUUUUUUCUUCCAUCAUUUAAUUCCUGUAAGUUCCUCUACCAUUUGAACUAAAAUGUUCAAUUUAUGGAGGUUCAAGAUACUGAUAAAUUUGCCAAUAGGAACAUUGGAGAAAUGAAACCAGGACCCAAAAGCAGUACACUUUUGUUAUUUAAUUGUGAAUAGAGAAAAAAAACAAAACAAAAAACCUUUCAUUGGAAAUCUGGAUAUAUUUUGAUGUUGAAAAUAUGUACAUAGGGUAAAGCAUAUCUGUAAAUCCAGUUUAAAUUACAAAAUCUGAGUUAAAAAACUCAUUACACUGACCCAAAAUAAAAUUGCAAGUUUUUCAAAACUUAUUGCUCAUACCCUUCUAGGACAGUUAUCAGACUUACCCCAAACCUUAAUAAUAAACUCAGUCUACUUUGUGCUACAAAAAUGCACUGAAAACAUUAAUACAACUACACCUUCCAAAAAAAAAUUGUAAGAAAUUUAUUUUACAGUACAAAUUUAUAAACAAAUACAAACAAAACUUAUGACAGUAAUAUGAUAAAAUCAAAAAUACUAUCAAGUAAAUGCAAUACUUCAUUCUGCAUGGAAAUAAAUUAGUAAAUUACAUUUUGCAAUUACUACAUUGCAGUUGCUACAAAUGGAAUUGCUACAUUGCAAAAUAAUAUAUUAUCUUUGACUAAAGCGAAACUAAAAAUCCAAUAACUCAGUUUUUCUUGAAUCCAUAGGUUAAAACUUAAUUUAAUUUGUACACAAUUAAAGCACAUCUGUAACAUAAAAUAAACUCCAGAGAAAAUACAACAAGAAAAACAAUGAACAGAUACAAUUAUUUUCAGUAACUGCAAAUUCAAAUCUGGAGCAAAUAUCCAGAA